UGUACUUAAAUUUCGACGAAAUUACACUACCACACCGACCACCUCAUUAUAUAUCAGUAUUGUACUAGAAUCAGUUUUGUUUGGUCAGAUGUUGCUGGAAUUUAUUAGUCUUACAGUUGUUCUCACUGUAUUUUUCAAGCUUUGUUACCUAAAAUAUGAUCACUGGAGAUUCUCUCACUUGCCCGGCCCACCGACACAGAAUUUCAUCUUUGGAAAUGCUCUACAAUUCAGAAAACGACUGAUGACUGAUGGCGCUUGGGCUCCCUAUUGGCUGGACAUGGUCCGUGAACACGGCAAGAUUUUCCGAUUGUGGAUGAUGAUGAAGCCUUUGGUGUUUGUUGCAGAUCCUAUUGUGCUCAAAGAAAUGGUCACUGACUUCAAGAAAUUCCCUAAAAUCCGUGAAGCUCGAGGAUUCAUAGCUCGGAGAUCUAUAGGAUUUAAUGCACAGAGAAUGUACACGCAAAGGUUUUGCGGAUAUGACAGUAUUUUUACUGUUGACAUGGGACCAAUAUGGAAACGGAAAAAGAAAAUAAUGGAUCCAGCAUUUGGUAUACAGCCUUUAACAAAACAUUUGUGCAAGUUCUACGACAUAGCAGUUUCCCUGUGUGAUGCUAUUGAAACAGCUCAACAAGAAUGCCUAGGAGAGCCUGUUGAUAUAACAGACGUCGUGGCCCCUUUCACUGUUGAUGCCAUAAGUAAGGCAGGUUUCAGUGCCGACAGCAACCAGAUGAGCAAACUACGCAGACAAGGCGAGGAUGCCAAAAGUAGUGAAGCAAACAAGAAGAUCUUAGCCAAAGCAGGAAGAGUUCUUCUUAUGGUGCUCGAUCCCGAUACUAGGAAGAUCUUGGUUAAUUAUGCUGAAAGUAUUAAAAAGAUAAGAAAGAUUGGAGCUCAGAUGAUAAUUGACAGAACUUCUAAUGGUGAAUUUGGUCGUGUUGGGGACAUUCUUGAUGGCAUUAUAAGUGCUAAUAUGGAUGAGGAUAGUGGUAAGUUCGAGCUGGAAGAGAGUUUGGAUGAUUUCAUGGCAAUGUACGUAGCCGGCAACUCCACCACCAGUACAACACUGCUAUGGUGUAUAGGAGAACUAGCCAGAAAUCCAGAUGUCAUGGACAAGCUGGUGAAUGAGAUAGACGGAGUAUGGGCAGGAGCUCAUAUAGACAGCCACACUGAUCCCAGUUUCAUUGGAGACACUCUCAAACAGAUGCCGUAUCUUGACGCGUUUCUAAAGGAGGUGUUACGGGUUCACCCUGCAGUGACCCACAUCAAAAGGAGGGCUUCCAGAGAUGUAGAAAUUUUUGGCUACAAAAUUCCCUCACAAACGUGUGUGAUGAGUAGUCAGUGGGUCAUGCAGCACUUGGAACAAUAUUGGCCUGAUCCUGAGAAGUUUCAACCAGAACGGUUCCUAACAUCAACUCCUACACCUUACACCUACCUUCCCUUUUUUUUGGGGCCACGGCAAUGUAUCGGGAAGAACUUUGCUAUUCUGCAACUCAAGUGUUACCUCUGUGAAAUUUUGGGUAGAUUUGAGAUAGAAAUUGAUCCGAAAUCACCAUUGAAGCAGAGAUCAGGCCAAAAAUUGGUCUGUUUCCCUAUUGACAACUCCUUCAAUUUCAAGCUUAGAUUUUAAGAGCUGUUUGUUCAUUUCACAUUACUGAGCUGCACUUUUACCUUCACAUUCUAGAAACAUUUGAUAACCAUGACGAUAUAUUAAAGAUAUAGUAUAGUAGAUUUGAUACAAAGUACCAAAUCUUUUCGAUUUAUAAACAAGAUUAUAAACAAGUCGUUAGAUACAAUCUACAAUUAUUGUCAAUCAUGCUACACACUGUUGCAUUUUUUUGGUGUUUUGAUUCUCAUAUUAUAUUAUAUGAUUUUUCUGAUAAUAUAUAUAUGGUUCAGCUUGUCAUUAACUACUGUGACAACUGUAUUAUGUUUAAAUACUAUUUUCUGUUAAAUUUAACUCGAUUAAUGAAUU